AUGAAUUUAACCAAAUCGCUACUAACUUUAACCACCCUUGUCUCAAUUAAUUGUAUUAAUAUUAACAAUACACCCAAGUUCAAAACUGGAAUUUUACACAGCCAAAACGUUCUGAACGAGCUGAAGAGCAGUGAGGACGUCCUCAAGAACAUUCUGCUGAAGAUCUUCAACCACCUGUAUGAGUACGUCCGCUAUCGCCUGCUGAGCUCCUUUUUUAAUUUUUAUCUGAUAAACCCCUUUAAUAUACAACUCGGGAAUCUGUUAAACACCGAAAUCAACAACUACUAUCUCACAUGUAAACUUAAUAUACCAAAUUACUCCACGCCACUCUCAUUCGGGAUAAACUACCAACAGGUGAAUGUAAACAAAAACUUUGGAUGUAAAAUGCCUAACAAAUGCUGGUUUAUAAAAUCACAAAAUAAAAACGCCAAAUCCGCAUUUAUUUUAAUGCACGGCUGGUUUGGCAAUUUACAGUCGUCACUGCCAUUUCUGAACGUUCUCAACCAGGUUGGAGCGCUCGAGAACAACCACGUGCUGGUGUUGAACCUCUUUGACAACAUGAACAACUCAUUCGAAAGUAACAUCGGCCUCAAGGGAGUGGCAGACCUGUACGACGGAAUCAGCUACCUGUAUAAAAACUACAACAUAAAAAACUUCACUGUGUACGCACAGUCAGUGAGCUCACUCUCGGCGCUCAUGUUGUACGAUUAUAUUCUGUCGCUAAGGUCGCCGAACGCACACAGUUCAGGCCACAGUGACAGCAGUAAUCUCGAUGGCAGCGGCGCCGAUGCUGCUUCUGAUGGUGACAGUGGAAGUGAAGGCCAGAACUGCGACGUGGAAAUGCUGAAGAAGGUGGAGUUCGACAUGAUAAUACUGGAAUCGCCAGUAGUUAACAUAAAGCAGUACACGAGUGACUUCAAGUACUACAACCAGCUUAUGGCGUUGACCAACAACAGAAGUAAGAGGAAAUGGCAUUUUUGUAGAUUUGAUGGGCACCUGGGUAAGUUGAACUUGGCGGAGUACCUGAGGAGGAAUGAGAUCAGAAAGAAGGUGAACAUUCUGCAGGGGGCGAAGGACGACGUGACGAAGCUUGAAAUGCUAAAGCAGGAGCUGGAGCGAGCGAGUCUGAUGCCUAAUCUGUUCCUGUUCAAGAAGUCAGGGCACAUCGACCUGAGCGUCCACGACUCCAGAGACUACCUUAGCGCAGUAGACUACAUUCUGAACACAAACCCGCUGUUCAAGUACCUCAAACUUAACAGAAAUCAAGUCAAAUCACUCAAACAACUUUAA